UUUGCAUCUCUCGUGCUGCCGCGGGGAUCCAUUGGCACCCCAGGAACAUGUGGCCACCCAGUCGGACAGCACCCGAACUGGGCUGAUCUAUUUCCUGCAGUGCCGGUGAAAGCAAAAGUGAGUUUCCUGCAGGCGCCGCGCGAUCGUCAAAAACCCAGUGAGGGGCAACUGCGCAUCAUCCCACACAAGCUCAUUCUUUGCCCCCCACUGUGUAGAUACUACGAUUUACUAGUGACUAUUUACUCUUUCUUCUUCCCUGCCUCUUGCUUUCUCUUCCUGCUUUCUCUUCACUCCCCUUUCCUGCUCAGAGUCAGGUCCAGUCAGCAACUAUGCGCCAUCACGUGUGCCAUCUGCCCAACGGGCUGAGCUUCACAGUCUCCCCCGUCUUCGGUGGCUUCACCUUCAAAUCCAACGAUGUCAACUCCAGCCAGUCCAUCGUGCCUCCUGGCUGGAGUAUUGUGCUUGCCACCGACCGUCCGGACCCCGACACCACAGACACCAACGAUGAAGAGCGUGGUCGAACUCGCGGGACUGGCGAUGAUGAGCAACGUGCCCGCCUAACUCGUUUCACCACCCCCACCCUGCGCGAUGACUCCCUCUACAUUUCCUACAUUGUCGACCCACCCAGCAGUGACUACAAGCCGGUCAGCUCCCCCACUCGCCAGAUCGCCAUGAUGCUCUGGGUCACGCUGUGGUGGUACUUCCACGAACCCCAGCCCGACCGUCGUCUGCAGACUGACGCCUCCGCCAAUACCCCGCCUUCUGGCCAGCCCAGAGGCGACUGGCGCGUUAACAUCAAGCGCGAAGGCUUCUUCAAGGGUCGCACGCUGCUACAGAAACUCGAGCGCAUGGGCCUCAUUGCCUCCGAGGACUCGUCCGUCGGCGCUGAGCCCUAUGACCCGCAAUCCUGGGCCAACAUGUUCGUCAGCCGUCGUAGCUUCUGGCAGAUUGACCCCCGGCUGUUCGUCUUCACCAUGAGCCCGCAGGCCAUCCCCCAGUCGGUGUCCGGCUCUCCUUUUAUCCAGCGCGUGGCCUCACCGUCGCACGAGAGCUUCAACCUCGCUCACACAGCCGGCCAAGAGGUCGCACAUUACGUUCCCAACGAAGGUCCCUUUGCCUCUACCAGCCAUCUGCCCACAUACUUCCCUCCACCUCCUACCCAAUACACUUUCACCAACAACAUCCGACACCCCAUCCGCCCCAAACCCCCGCACCAAGGCGACGUCUUCUACAUCCGUUACAUCCCCAGCGUGCAACAAUAUCUCUCAUUCCGCAUCCCCUACAUCCCCCCAUCUCACAAAAACCCCGCCCCACGCCCCAAUAACCCCACACCCAGCCACUCCGCAAGCCACUCCACCAGCAGUCUCGACCAGCCCUUAACCGCAGGGCCGUCAGACCUCGACUUGCUGCACAAAUGGAUGAACGACCCCCGCGUCAACGCCUCCUGGGGCGAAGCCGGCCCGAUCGAACACCAGAAGAAGUUCCUGCGCACCAACCUCAGCAGCAAGCACAGUUUCCCCGUUAUCGGCUGCUGGGACGGCAAACCAUUUGGCUACUUCGAGCUGUACUGGGUGAAGGAAGACCGGCUGGGGCCGCUAAUCGGCGGAGCCGACAACUACGAUCGAGGCAUUCACCUGUUAAUUGGCGAGCAGGAGUACCGUGGUCCCCACCGCGUGCAGAUCUGGCUGAGUGCGCUGGUGCAUUAUUGCUUUUUGGCGGAUUCGCGAACCCAGACGGUUAUGUUGGAGCCGAGGGUGGAUAAUUUCAAGUUGAUUACGUACCUCCAAGAAGCAGGCUUCUACAAGGAAGGCGAGGUUUCGUUCCCGCAUAAACAGUCGGCUUUGAUGAAGAUUAAGCGAGAUACGUGGGAGUGUCCUGCUAUUUAGUUUUCGAAUCUUUCGGAGUACUAGUUGAAGAGGGGUGGUUACGACAAAGGAACUGUGUUGCAUACACGAAGUGAAAAAUUAGUUAAGAAUAAGACGCUCUAUAAGUAGUAAAAAAAAAGAAAGCUGAGACGGAGUGCAGAGCGGGAGUUGUAUAGACGAAUACUUG